CAGUGUUUCUUUAUCUCUUCCAUGACCCAUCUCCCACCCAGGGAGAUUAUCUGCUGGUAAUGGGCCAUCACUGCCUGACUGAUAAAAUCACAUCAUCCCAUUGUGAGAUGCUCCACCCAGAGGGAGGAGCCAAGCAUUCCUACCUGGAUAAAAUCUGAGAUUUGGAACUGCUUGGCAGCCUUUUCCACUGGAUUCCCAGAGGAAGACUGGACCUAUCUGCACCACCACUGGACCUUCAGAGGAAACCUACACCCUUCUACAGGAUCACUGCUUCAACAGAACCAGAUCUGUCACUCCUGCAGGACUGCAGCCACCAUUUAUUCAGACUGCUGCCUACACCCAGAGCGGCAGGGUGUCAGGUUGUAUUCUGACUCUGUAGGUGUUCUUUGUACUCCUAUAUUUUAUUUGAAUUCUCCUGGAAAGGGACUGUUGUUCCUGUUUUCCUGAGAGCAUGGCAGUGCUGCUGGAGACCACAGUGGGUGACCUGGUCAUCGACCUGUACACGGAGGAGCGGCCCCGCACUUGUCUGAAUUUCCUGAAGCUCUGCAAAGUCAAGUACUACAACUAUUGUCUUAUUCAUAAUGUACAGAGGGAUUUUAUGAUCCAAACUGGUGACCCCGUGGGAACUGGCUGUGGAGGGGAAUCCAUCUUUUGUCGACUGUAUGGUGAUCAAGCCAGAUAUUUUGAGGCAGAGAAGGUGCCCAGAAUCAAGCACAAGAAGAAGGGGACCGUGUCAAUGGUGAACAAUGGCAGUGGUCAGCAUGGAUCACAGUUCCUCAUUACCACAGGGGAAAACCUGGAUUACCUUGAUGGUGUACAUACAGUGUUUGGAGAAGUGACAGAAGGCAUGGAUGUAUUGCAGACAAUUAAUGAAACCUUUGUAGAUAAGGAUUUUAUCCCAUAUCAGGAUAUCAGGAUCAAUCACACAGUCAUCUUAGAGGAUCCCUUUGAUGAUCCACCUGGCUUGUGUGUUCCUGAUCGCUCACCAGAACCUACAAAGGAACAGCUGGACAGUGGCAGAAUAGGAGCAGAUGAAGAAAUUGAUGACAUGAAAGGACGGUCUGCAGACGAAAUGGAGGAAGUUCAGGCCGAAAAAGAAGCAAAAACUCGUGCUAUUCUUCUGGAAAUGGUGGGAGACCUACCAGAUGCAGACAUCAAGCCACCAGAAAAUGUGCUGUUUGUGUGUAAACUGAAUCCAAUGACCAGAGCUGAAGACCUGGAGAUAAUAUUUUCAUGCUUUGGUCCCAUUAAAAGUUGUGAAGUGAUGCGAGACUGGAAGACUGGUGAAUCUCUUUGCUAUGCUUUCAUAGAGUUUGAAAAGGAGGAAGACUGUGAGAAAGCCUACUUGAAAAUGGACAACGUGCUGAUAGAUGACAGACGGAUCCAUGUGGAUUUUAGCCAGUCUGUUGCAAAGAUGAAAUGGAAGGGAAAAGGUGGGCGGUAUACCAAGGAAUGUUUCAAGGAUUAUGAGAAGGAAAGUGAUAAGCAGGGGCAGGGCACGAUGGCAGCAGUGUCAGCCCUCAGCAGUCUGGGGCUGCCUGAGGCUGAUGUUGGGAGUGAGGAGGAAAAGGAGGAGGAGGAGGAGGAGGAGGAGGUGGAGCCUGGCCCAGCAGCAGCAGAGCAGAGGCAGGAGGAGAGGCUACGCCGGUUCCGGGAGCUGCAAAUGAAGCGGUACAAGGCCUGCAAGCUGAACAGCCAGGAGGUGGUGGAGGAGGACAAAAGGCUGAAAUUGCCCCCAAACUGGGAAGCUAAAAAAGCUCGUCUGCAGCGGGAGCUGCAGGUGCAGGAGAAGAAGGAGGAAUGUGCAGCCAGGGGGGACGACUAUGAGCGAGUGAAGCUGCUGGAGAUCAGCGCCGAGGAUGCCGAGAGAUGGGAGAGGAAGAAGAGGAAGAAAAAUCCUGACCCGGGGUUCUCAGAUUACGCAGCGGCGCAGCUGCGCCAGUACCAGAGGCUGACCCGGCAGAUCAAACCCGACCUGGAGCAGUACGAGAAGCUCAAGAAGGAGUAUGGGGAAGCCCUGUGCCCCACCUCAGACAGCCUCCUGCAUGGCACCCACGUGCCCUCCAAGGAAGGGGUGGACAGGAUGGUGGCAGACCUGGAGAAACAGAUGGAGAAGAGGGAGAAGUACAGCCGGAGGCGGCCCUACAAUGCUGAUACCAACAUCGAAUACAUCAAUGAGAGGAAUGCCAAGUUCAACCAGAAGGCUGAGAGGUUCUAUGGGAAAUACACGGCCGACAUCAAACAGAGCCUGGAGAGGGGCACGGCUGUGUGAGCCUGCCUGGCACAGCUCACUCCUGGCUCCUCUGUUGCUGUUUUCAAUUGUAAAUUGUAUCAGCAGUUUAUAGCUGUUACUCUC